AGUAAUUGUAUGGGAAUUUCGAGGACCUUUCUACACUACGAAUAUAUUUACGUCAUAAUAUUCGGGCCGUGGCCGCGCUGAUUGCUUGUUUUGUUAUCUAGCUUAAUAUUUCGAUUCAUAUGUUUCCAAUGUGCUGAGGGGAGUGCAUUCUGUUAUGACCUGGAGUUGACGGCGAUUGAAACGGGUUCCCGAUCCCUACUCGGAGGCAGAGCAGCAGCUGGGAGGAGCCAAGAUGGUGUCGCCCUUUCCCAAGUCCUCCUCAGUCCCUGGCCAUGGCCAAAUUGUCGCGAGUCUUCUUCCAAAUGGUGCCCCUAAGCUCGAGACCCUCUCGUACCAGUACCCGCUGAAGCUCAUCUCCCCGACACGGUUUUUCGAGAAACAGAGCGUCCUGGUCUUCCUCCUCUCUUAUGGCGGCGGACUCCUUGGGGGCGACAGUGUCUCCCUAUCUAUCGAGGUCAAGGAGAGGUCGAGACUGAGCAUUGUCACCCAGGGCCAUACUAGGAUCUACAAAUCCGCCUCUGCAGACAUUGUUACGCGCCAGACACUUCACGGCGAAGUUGCCAGCGGAGGCGGGCUGUGUAUUCUCCCGGAUCCAGUCCAGCCCUUCGCGAACAGUGUCUACGAGCAGACCCAGAUCUUCAGGGUGGCUGACAAUGGUUCCUUGUGCCUCUUGGACUGGGUCACGCAAGGCCGAAGCGCGCGAGGAGAGGAUUGGGACCUUAUCCGGUGGGUUGGACGGAACGAAGUCUGGGCCACUGGAGGAAGUCCCGAGGCCAGGGACAGGCUGCUCGUGAGGGACACCGUCAUUCUGAAUGCGGAUCAGACCCGGUAUCAGACCAAGUCUCUGCGCGAUACGAUGCAUGGGAUGGGAAUCUUUGGUACUCUAAUCCUGCGAGGACCACUGAUGAAGGAUCUUGGGCAGUUCUUCCUCGCUGAGUUUGCCAUAUUGCCGAGAAUCGGGGCCAGGGAUUUCAGGAGCGAUGGCGCGAAAUCGAUGGAGGACGCCGCAAAGUCGCCGCUGGAGGAGUGGCGGUCAGAGAGGAUCAAGAUGGAGAAGUCGAAGAACCUGCUCUGGUCGGCAGCCAAUGUCAGGGGCUGCGUGGUGGUCAAGUUCGGAGCUCCCGAGGUGGAAACAGGGCGAGUCUGGGUUGGAUCGAUGUUGGCGCAAGAGGGGAGCUUAGCGACAAACUUUGGGAAACAGGCGCUCAUGUGUGUUCGAUAAGCCUCUCGCGACAGUCUCCACUGAGUUUUUGGGGAGGGCAUCCUUCCACCUAGGUAUGAGGCAUUUGGCACUGCUUGUGUUAAGGCAUUGCUUUUGAGGGAGGCACAAACGGAGUGCACGAGGCACGAAGUGAUGGCUGAUGGUCCUUAUGUCUGGUAUUAAGAGCACAGUUGCCGCCUCUUUCAGCUCCGCCUCAUUCUAAACGUCGGAACUGUUUUCACUUUUCUGUCCUGUACAGCA